CUGGCCAGACGCAGAACUCAUCACUGCAAAAACAUUCACAUCAUCGCUGCACCGCGAUUACCGGGACCUCGUACGCGAUACGCGAGGUGUUCAUAGUUUGACUUUUAAAGUGUAUAGUUUGAAUUUCAAAAAGCCAGAGAGAGUAAUUAGAGUUACACGUUUUGGAAGAGGUUCUCAGGUGAACUGAGGAAAGUGCUGAUGGAUUCGUAAAGGUUUCUUCUCCUCGACGCGGACUGUGCCAUUCAAUGCCCAACGUAAGAUUAAAAAAAUACGCAAAAAGUCCUUCCUCAAAAAGUCUUUCGGCCCCAGAGGAAAGGGGUGGGAUGGACGCUGGAUAACUGUGACAAGUUUGUGAUGGACACUUAGUGCUUAGUGGGACACUUACUUGGCGCGGUCCUCGGCGCUUGUGGGUGCUUCUACAAUGACGCGCCUGAGAGCUGUGUGCGUAGUGCUUGUGGCUGCGUGCGUGCAGGCGACCUGCGCGCACAGCACCGUACCUGGAUCAGUGUUUGAUUGUUGCCAAGGGGAUAUCUUGAUUCUGCUGGACUCUUCUGGUAGUGUCUCUUCCUACGAGUACUCCUUCCUUCGACAUUUCCUGGUGGACUUGCUCCACCCCUUCUUGCUGGGGCGUGGCCGGGUGAGGGUGGGGCUUGUGCAGGUGCACACAGAGCCACAAGUGGAGUUUGAUUUUGACACCUGCAUUACCCAGCAUGCCCUGCAAGAGGCACUACUGAGAACACAACAGCUCCAUGGAGAUACCAACACUGAAGGAGCACUGCUGUUGGCUCAGAGGCUGCUAAUGAAACCAUUAGGGCACGAAGCUCCGCCCAGGGUCCUGCUGUGGCUCACAGAUGGGGUGAAGCCAGGGAAUGUUGAUAGACCAAUGGCAGCUCUGCAUCAGGAAGGCGUGUCUGUGCUGGCUGUUUCUACGGGACACACAAAUUAUCAUUUGUUCCGCCAGGCUGUGACUCCACCCAUAGAAGAACACCUGUACUUUGUUGAUGCUGAGGACAUGUCCAUCAUUACCGAGGAUCUGAGAGAAGCCAUUACAAAGCUGCUCUGUGCAGAGCGUCUACACGUGCAAGACAUCACUUCCCACAGUGCCAUGCUGCAGUGGAGGCCACUUCUGAUUGGUGGUCUUGGACACUAUGAGCUCCAGUAUGGUCCUGAAAUGUUGGCCAGCAGCCAGUACAGUACAGAGCAGGGGAGGAACCGAACACUGAUCCUGCUGGGCGAGCAGAGCUGGGCGGAGCUCCGAGACCUCCAGCCUGAUACACCCUACAGAGCCUGGCUCAUACCACACACGCAGCAGGGAAUCACCAGAAGCCUCACUAACAGCUUCAGAACCCUGCCUGAGAUGCUUGGUCCCGCUACAUUGAGUGUAUCGGAGUCCGGCCCAGACCGGGUGCGUGUGAGCUGGGGUCCAGUGCUGCCAGCGCAGGUGCACCAGUACCGGGUGGAGUACGCACCCAUCCCUCGCGGGGACGUACAGACGGUGACCCUAAGCGGACGACAGAAUAGCACCUUGCUCACACAGCUACAGCCUGAUACACAGUACCUCAUCACUGUAAUUGCUGUACAGUCCUCCGGCCAGGAGAGGGCGAUGUCUGUCAGAGCUUGCACACAGGAGGUUCUGCCAGGUCUGACUGACCUCCAACUGACCCCGGUGGGGUUGGACUCAGUGAAAGUUGAUUGGAGGGCCUGGAGUGAAGGGGCAGGGCUUCAAGGCUACUGGGUGAGGUGGGAGGUGGGGGAUCGGUCUUCUUCCUCAUCGUCAUCAUCAUCAUCAUCAUCACGCUACCUGCCCGCUCAGUCCCUGUUCACCAUCCUGACCCGGGUGAGCCCUGCAAGUCGAGUGUGUGUGUCUCCGGUGUACAGGACAGCCCGGGGGGAGGGACUCUGUGCUGCACUGUGCACACACACGCAGUUGCUACUCCAUGGCAGUAGAGAUGCUUCCGGAUUCCAGAGGAAGAGGUGAAGAACAUGGCUGGAGACACCCGGACGCAGCUGUCAGCAUUCAGCAUGACAGCAGGCACUGGGAGAGUAAAAACCAACACUGUCACAUUAAAAAAAAUAAUAAUUAAAAAAAAUAAAACACUGCUUUCAGUAUUGCAAUGUAUUUAGUAAAGACCAGCUGGUCAUUUCUGACACAGGAAUGGGUGUGGGACAGGGGGUUGGACUCGUCUGUCUGUUAUUUUUGUAUUAGACCGACCUGCGUGCUGUUGGAGCAAAGGCGAAAGAAAGUAUUUAUUCUUGCUUUUGAAUAAAGCGUGUUAUAAAAGAAAAAAUGGUAGAGGUGCAAGUGGCAGAGGUCAGGGGUGCUUGGUGGAGCUCAGAGCAGAAAAGGGAAAGAGAUUAAUAAAUUCAACUCAUUUGAAUUCUGUGUAAUUAUGGUUCGCCUUGGCCACUAACAAAUGUGUGAUAGGGUCAGAGGUUCAAAGAUUCAAAUCAUUUAUUGCUUUCAUGCACAGAUAUUUAUUUUAAUUUACACACACACACACACACACACACACACACACACACACACACACACACACACACACACACACACACACACACACACACAGUUAGUUAAAUGCUUUUGCUUUGAGGCUGAAUGCUUUUCCUGUGGCUAUGUGGUGGCAGUGCAGGUUUGAAUAUACUGUCAUCUUGUGGCCAUUUGUUUCAUUACAGCCCCAAUAUAUGUAAUAACAUUGCUAAUUCAUUUCAUGUGUUUUUCACACAUACAUAGCAACUGUCUUAAAAGAGACUGGAAAAAUAUUUACAGAAACUUGCAAAUUUGAAAUGUAAUGUAUAUAUUAAAAAUGAUUACAUUUAUUA